AUGGCGUUUCGCAAGCGCAAUAUCGCGCUGUCACGCGUCCCGGCAGACGGUGACGCGUCGCCAUCUGCGCCCUCGCCAGUCGAAGCUGCCCCAACACCUACACCAACUGGUGUACGCCCUUCGCCCAUCGACGGCCGCCCCACCACCUCAACCGGCACACCGUCGCUCGAUGGCAUCUUGGCAGGCCAUGCAGGUCUGCCACUAGGCAACUCGAUACUGAUCGAGGAGAGCGGGACAACAGACUAUGCUGGCGCAUUGCUCCGGUUCUAUGCCGCAGAGGGCGCUGUGCAAGGACAAAAGGUGCAUGUUGUAGGCAUGGGUGAAGUAUGGGGCCGUGAGCUACCUGGCAUAUCGGAGGGCAAGAGUGAUGAGAAGAGGAGGGAAAGCAAGGAACGUGCGGAGAAGAUGAAGAUUGCGUGGCGGUAUGAAGGGCUGGGCCAGUUUGAGAGUGCAAGAGGUGCGUCUUGUCCCCAGAAGGCACAGACACAGGGCGAGAAUGCAGAAGAAGUUGUGUUCUGCCAUACAUUUGACCUGGCGAGACGGCUGACACUGCCUGUGGGAACGGCAAUGAACUACAUUGCUAUACCACGAACAGCUCCUUCUACAUCGCCGCUCAUGGCCAUACUGCGGAAUGUACAACAGCAGCUUGCGUCGACGCCCAUGCAUACGAUACACCGCCUCGUCAUACCGUCUCUCUUGUCACCAGCAUUGUACCCUCCCACUUCCUCGCAUCCCAAUACGAUACUGCAAUUCCUGCAUGCUCUUCGUGCAUUGCUACGACAGAACCCAACACGACUCACAGCCAUCGUUACAUUGCCAUUGUCCUUGUACCCUCGCUCCUCAGGCCUCGUGCGCUGGAUGGAGAUCUUUUCUGACGGUGUUCUUGAGCUCUCGCCUUUCCCGUACUCGCACGCACAGAUGCUUGCCCAAUCCGCCGGCACAACGAAGAAUGAGGAGAAACCGCAGGGUAUGUUUGCUGUUCACAAACUUCCCGUGUACCACGAGAAGGGCGGCGGUGGUGGAGCGGAAGACCUGGGCGAAGAUAUGGCCUUUACGCUUUCGAGACGAAAGUUUGUGAUCGCGAAGUUCAGCCUACCGCCGCUUGAAGGAGAUACCGAGGCACAGGAAGCCGCUGUAAGAGAGGCUGCAGGUGGGAGUGCCAUGCCAAAGAAGGCGGAUCUCGAGUUCUAG